UUGUGUACUCGGGAGCCUGUUCCCUGGGCGACAGUCAACACAGACAGGACUGCAAAACACAGUUGGGUCCCAGCCUGGAGAGUUCUGUUUCCUGCAGUCACUCUGAGCUCGGGAUCCGGUGGGGGAACCUUGUGCAGGCUUUUCUAGGUUAAGAAAAGAAUCUCUGUCUCUUUUCUCUCUUUUUCUCCUCUCCCGCUUUCCCCAGUCCCCUAUGGGCAGCCAACACACUCGACUCCAAAGAACCACAUCAUCCGGGUACCGACCGCCUCUUACCAGGCCUCUUGCCUCAGUUUCCAGGACCCAGGAUGGCCCUGCAGCAAGCAGGGGUCUUGCUGGUGGUUGCCAGGGUACCGGAGCCCAGGAUGUACAGCAGGACCAGCUGUGGAGGGAGCUUGUGGAAGCCGAAGUUCGAGGCCAGCAGCGUUGGGCUGAGAAUUGGGGUUUUCUGAAAGACUACGACCCUUUGGGAAAUAAGAAGGAGCCUGAGAAGCUCCCUGAAGACGUGCCCUUCUUCUCAAACACACUCCCCAGGUCCACGAGCCAGGAGGUGGGCAGUAGGGUGGACACAGCCCUGGGGAGAGCCCUCACCCACAUGGAUUUCUUCUUUACGGAAGGCACGAGGAAGAAGAAGCUGGAGGAUGAGCUGCAGCCAGUGUAGGGAUCUCAGGACAGACCCCAGCAGAGUGUUUCUGUAGCAUGUACGCCUGCACGCCAGAGGAGGACGCCAGAUCUCACUACAGAUGGUUGUGAAUGGUUGUGAAUUACCACGUGGUCGCCGGGAAUUGAACUCAAGACCGCUGGAGGAAUAGGCGGUGCUUUCUUUCUUUUUUUUUUUAAGAAUUUAUUUACUUAUUAUGUAUACAGUAUUCCU